AUGUCUGGCGUUCGAAAUAUUACGGUUCCAUGGGUACCGUUAGACGAGUUCGAUUGGUCCUUCGCACGCACCGGCCCGCUGCCCUGGAACCUCACGGUCUGGUGUCUUCUCGCCGUCUUCACAUCUCUCCCAAUCUGGAUGACCGUCGAGCUGACCGCCUGGGUCCUCUAUGCUUUUGAGCGAUGGAGCGGGAUUUAUUUCUGGUCCGUCCUCGCUACGACAUGGGGUUUGACGAUCCGCGCCAUCGGUUUCCUACUCAAGUUCUGCGUGCCGGAGGCGAACUGGAUAUUGACAUAUGUGCUAUCUGAAGUUGGUUGGGUCAUGAUGGUGACCGGUUUUAGUAUUGUCUUGUGGUCCCGGCUGCACCUCGUGAUUUCGCCGGGCACACCGAUCCUGCGUAUCGUACUCGCCAUGAUCAUCAUCGACGGCUUCCUAUUUCACGUGCCAACCGUUAUAUUUCAGUACUUUAUGUCGAACGCGGCGACGCAUGAGAAAUAUCUUCCCUACAUGAACGUGAUGGAGCGUGUUCAAGUCUUAGCAUUUUCGGUGCAGGAGGCUAUCAUCUCUUCCAUCUAUAUCUGGGGAACGAUGCAGAUGUUCAAGUUAUCACUCAACGCCAAGGCUAAGAAUACAUUAGCAUUUCUUAUCAUCGUCCAGGUAGCUGUGGUUCUGGCCGACAUACCCGUCAUCGUGCUCGACUACUGUAACUACUUCACUCUUAAAGCCGUCAUACACUCGUUUAUUUACGCUUUCAAGCUACAGAUAGAAUUUGUAGUUCUGAACGAAUUCAAGCAUCUUGCUAACGGCGGGAUUACCGGUGCGUUCGCGUUAUUGUUGCAAGAUGCCGCCUCUUUGCAACUUAAUGUAACAGCAGUUGGGGCAAGGGACGGCUCCUCGACACUCGAAUGUUGGCAAAUGAACGUACCGUUCAAAACAUCUGUCGAUCCCGGAACAGCUGGAGGCUUUGUGACGACUCUGAGAAAUGUCUCAAAUGUGACCUACUCUAUCCUCCCGUCCCAGUGGGUUUAUUUCACUACAGGGUUGGCAUACAUUACGCUGCCCGAUGAUAGAGAUACUAGUGCAUUUAUAAAUGGAGGUCAAUUUAGCCUCGUCUUCGCUGCCGAUACAGCAGCUGUCAGCCGAAAAGGACAUCGUACCCAAUACCCGGGUAUCACCGAGUCAAUUGCGCUCCAAAUUCCGACGAGCGACGGAAAAGUCCCCGAACACAAUGUGCUACACAUGGGCCCAUGUAACUUUAACGAAGUUGCUGGUGUUCGUGAAUUCUUGCCGGCUCAAAAGAAUUGGGACUAUGUCAGCCAGAAAGUAGAAGGCUGGGCUAACAUGUUGUCACCUUUUAUUCCUUCUUAA